ACGCGUUGUCGUGGGGUAUGUUCUUUGUCAGUUUCCGUAGCACCACUAGGAAACUACGGAUACGGUUUUCAAUUCAUAUUCUCAGUUUACUUCUCGCCUGCUGAAUUGCUUGGAUUUCAAGGACUUUAUUCAAAAUGGAGACAAGACCUGGAGCCAAAGCUGGUGCUGCUAGAAAGGAAGCAGAAGAUGGACAACCCAGAAGAGCUGUGGUUAAAAGCCAACUUUCUCACAGUUCUGUGCUCAUGAACAUUGGAAAGUGUUUGCUUUUAAUCAUCAUCCCUCCAUUCCUCAACUAUGCAUCACUGCAAAGAGAAGGACAGAUGCUGCUGCCAAAAGAUGGCCAGAUUGUAGAUGUUGGCUUGGGUCAAAGAAUGCAUCUUUUAUGUAAAGGACAGGGAAAACCAGUUGUUGUACUCGAUGCACCAACUGGAAUGUCAUCAGACAUUUGGUUUUAUAUCCAAGAGAGUGUUGCCACAUUAACAAAGGUCUGUACCUAUGACCGAAUAGGGCUGGGAUUUAGCAAGCGUCUGAUGCAGAAUGAAACCACAGGAACUGAGAAGGUUUGGGGGAUUUCCACAACUGGACGGAUGGUGGAUGAUCUGCACCGUCUGUUGCUGGCUGCUGGGAUUGCUGUGCCCUUCAUUUUGGUCGGCUCAGAGAUAGGCACACUCAACACCAGGUUCUACAGUCACAUUCAUGAUGCGUAUGUGACAGACCUAGUGUUGAUUGAUCCUAUCCCAGACGACAUUUUUGAAGAGGAGCAGUGGAAAGAGUACUGGUAUGGUAAGAUGGUGCCGUCCCUUCAAGCCAAGCAGUUUUCCGCAGCUUCUGGGCUGAGCCGCUUGCUGAUUAUCCUGGGAGCCAUUGAAGCAACUAUCAAAGAAAAUGUCUCUGAGGAGAUCAUCCAGAGGCAGAAAUACCUUUUAAGUAACCCUGCCCAUCAGAGUAGUGCUGUGGAUGAACAUUACUUUCUGAAUGAAAGUGCAGCUCAAGUAAGAGACAUCACACGAUAUAAGCCCCUCUCCAGCAGGACCUCAGUCAGCGUAUUCACCGGGGAUUCCUUUGACCAGCAAAUCCCACAUCAGCUCAAUCAAAUGGUAUCCAAGCUUCAAAGGAAGUUUCUGGAGGAGUCCUAUCCAUCAGUCCAUCACAUUCACAUAAAAGGAGUAGACCGUCGAAUGAUCUACAAGAAGCCAUCUGCCAUCAGCCAGUACCUCAGGAAGCUAGUCAACCUGCGACAAGCCAAACAGUACAGCCAGUGACCCGUGGCCAAGAUAAAUAGGAAAUAUACUUGGGCAGGACCGUAGAUAAAAAUUUUAUAUAAUUACCCUGUAAAACAUGCAAGAUAUCUUUUUUUUUUUCUUUUCCCUCCAGCAUCCGGUAGAGAUUAUCUAUAAAACCAGUGAGGUUCAUCAUGUAGUCAAUUUCACAUUUGCUUCAACUGUUUUGCUCUAUUGCAAGUUGUCAAUUGAGGAUAGCUGGAGGCUGUUCAGCUUGAUAAAAUAUUUGCCGUCUUGGACUCAGAAAAUCUCAUCACAUAGGUUGUCAUUUCAGACUCUACCUGGUUGGCCACUACCAAAGAUGAGGAUUUUUUGUCAUCAGUGGAAAGGCCACUCUCCUCAUCGCUAAACCUGAUCGUUUUAUUUCAUGCAGCGGGCUUAAUAUUCAAUAAUGUCAUAACCAACGUUCGUCAUCGAUGUGUAUAAAAAGUCGACACACCUGUUCAAAUCCCUGGUUAUAUACUGUAAAAAAAUGUAGCCAAAAUAAAUCCUUUAAAAGAAAA